AAGUUCAUAGUGUAAACAUGCGUGUUUUGGUGGGGACAGCAAUGCGUGCAAUGUGGCCACCCUUGCUCAGAAAGUGACUUUUUUUGCCUGUUACGUGGUGUUGGCGUCGUGUUACCAAGCAUGUCCGUGAACGCAUCUAAACACGAGCAUUUGAUCCAGCUGAUCUACCGUCAUCUGAGGGAGAACGGCUUCCAGGCAGCGGCGGAGGAGCUCCAGAGGCACAACCCGCAGGGUGAACCAAAAAUAUCCACGUCGUUAUUGGAAAUCUACCAUUCAUGGUUUGAUAAACAUGGGAAUGCACAAGGAGAUACAAAAAAGUCCAAAAAGAAACAGCUGCCUGUCCCAAAGAGCAGCACUGAGAGCACACACUCGGCGGAACAAGGAGCAGCUCUGGCUCAAGGUUCCCGGUUAUCAACCCCUGCAAAUAAAUCCAGGAAUGACCUCAAGAUGCCCGUAGUCAAUCAUGUGGCCGCAACGAAGAUCAAAAGUCCGACGGCACCCAACCAGACUCAGGCGGAGAGUUCAGAUACUGAGGAGGACAGCAGCUCUGAGAGUGACGCGUUGAGUCAGAGUCUGCUCCCACAGACUCCCUCCACUCCCGGCACAAAGUCACCCACUAAGUCCCCAGCUAAACCAGUGGCAGCAGCGUCUCCGAGCAAAAAGAAAGCAGCGACCCCCAGCAGACCCGUGGCUGCAGCACCGGCCGAAUCCAGUGACACCACCGACAUAUCAUCGGACAGCGAAGAGUAUGCUGCAACGCUGGCGGCAGCACUAACACCAAAAGUAAAACCAGCAACACCAGCAAGUAAACCAGCAUCAGCGGUCAAAGCAACACCCAAAGCAAGUGAAGCCAAGAAGGAGCAAAAGAGCAAGAAGGACUCACUUAAGGCUGCAGUGCUGCCUGAGAUUAAAGCUGCUGCUGCCACGCCUGCUGUCAAGACUCCCAAGAAGAAAGGCAGCAGCGCGUCGGGCCCUGAGGCUGCAGCCGCUGCAUCGUCCCCUAAUGUAACAGCGACCCCUGCUGCCACACCAAAAGGGAAAAAAGUCAAAGCAAAAGAUACACCUGCAAAAAAAGCACUGACACAAAAAGAGAAGUCCCCAGCAACAAAAAGGAAAAAAGGUGACGUUAAGCCCGCAGACACUUCCAACAAGGCCACAAAGAAGAGCCAAGGAAAAGAGGUGGUGACACCGGUGCCCGCUCCUGCUGAUGGGGAGGACGAUUCAGACUCCGACAGCAGUCUGGAUGUAGAGAAAUGGAAGAAACUGCUCCUGGAAUUGACAGAUGCUGACAUAGCCAAGAUGGACAUCAUCAAUGCUCUGGACUCUACUCCACCACCUAAGAAACCCAGAGUUCGGAAACCCCGGGCAAAGCCUCCAGUAGCAACAGAGAUUCCUGUCAAACACGAUAAAGGGCAAAGUGGAAAGACCGGCGAGGCGGAAGAGAGCGCAAAGACUGUGACGCCACCCAAGGCCAGUAAACCCAGGAAGAGUAGGGCCAAAAAGUCCGCGCCUAUGUCCCCCGCUGUCACCCUGGACCAAAACCACAACAUCACAGCUGAUGAAGCAGCAGCUGGAUCCCCUGCAAAAAAGACGGCAAAGAAGGAGAAAAGGAAAGUAACACCCAGCGAAGAAAAAACAGAUAGCACCUUGACCGAGCCCAAGAAGAAGAAGAAGAAAAAGGAGACAGAUAAAGAGAAUGUGGAAGAGAAAGCAAAUGAGGUUGGGGAAUGCCCGAAAGAAUCAGACAAGAAGGAGAAGAAGAAGCUAAAGGAGAACAAAGCCACGGAACAGAAAAUAGAGACUUUGGGAACAAGUGUGGAUGGGAAGAAGAACGAGACAGGAAAAGAAAUGACGAUGAUCAAGAAAAAGGAGAAAGCUCAUCACGAGGAUCAGUCCGAGCAGAUCGUUGAGGAAACGAAAAAAAAGAAAAAGGACAAAGCUGAGCCCGAAGAAAAGUCCGAGCCGAUAGUUGAGGAGAAGAAAAAGAAGAAGAAGAAGAAAGCUGUUAAUGAGGAACAGUCGGAGCCGAUAGCUGAGGAGGAGAAGGAAAACGAGAAAGCUGAUCAUGAGGAGUCAGAGCAGAUUGGUAAGGAAAAGAAGACAAAGAAAAAGGAGAAAGCUGAUAUUGAGGAGCAGUCGGAGCCUGUAGCCGAAGAAAAGAAAAACAGGGACGAGGAGAAAGCCGAUCACGAAGGAAAGAAAAAGAAGAAAAAGGAGAAAACUGAUAAUGAGGAACACUCAGAUGCAGUAGCCGAAGAAAAGAAAAAGAGAGAAAAGGAGAAAGUUAAUCACGAGGAAAUGCCAGAGCAGAUAGUUGAAGAAAAGAAAAAGAAGAAGAAAAAGAAGAAGAAGGAAAAGGAGACAGCUUUUGAUGAGGAACAGUCAGAGCAGGUAGUUGAAGAAAAGAAAAAGAGGAAAAAGGAGAAAGCUGAUGAGGAGGAAAGUUCAGAACAGAUUAUAGAAGAAAAGAAGACGAAGAAGAAAAAGAAAAAGGACAAUGCACCGGAAAGCAUUUCUUUAGACACAGACGCUUUGCCUCUAUCCGUCCCUGAGACGCCGAGUCUUGAGACAGAGAAAAAGAAAAAGAAAAGCAAAUUAAAAUCUCCAGAGGCUCCAGAGAUACCUGAAGUUUCUGAGUCCACACCAUCGCAAAUCCCUCAAACGUCCACAGAUGACACUCCGAAGAAGAAAAAGAAAUCUUCCAAGAACAAGGAGUCUUGAAGAUGUUUCUUCAUCCCUGGAGGAAGAGAGGAUGGAGGAACACGGACAUUUCCAUCCCAUCUGUGAUCAUACUGAAAAGCCUGGAAGAGCUGAUAUAGAAUAUUGUAAAGGAAAACAGAUAUUUUCUAUUUUGGUACAUUUUUAAAAAUUUGUUUACUAUGUUUGUCUGCCGAAUGUGGCAUACUGUGUCUUGUGCUGCAGCAGGAUAUUGUUAGUUUUUAUUUUUUUUUAAGGGAAUUGCCAUUUUCAUGGCAUGGGUUUGUAAGAGUGAUGGUAAAUGAUGAAUGAUGAUGCCCCCUUCCCCUGUGUUUCUUCUAAAAAUGACACCCGGAGACUGAUUGAGUGAAGAGGCGUCUCUCUUUUUCCACAUGCUCUCAGGGAUUGUAUCUCUGUGGUAAUCCUGAAUCUUAAUUUGUCCUCAGUUUUAUAGGCUUAAUAAUCUACUUUCUAGGCCCACUAGCUGAGCACAUGAUCCUGCUACAUCCGAGCAUUUGUGAUUUGUAAGGCAUAAAAGAUAGGAUCUUAUGCAAACAAUGAACAAAUUAGAUUGCAUUACAUUUUUGUCCAGUUUUGUAUUUAUUCAAAAAAAUCUUUUCCAUUUUUCUAUGGGAUGACGCAUCUACGAUGAUGUGUUAGGGUUAUUGUCGGGAAAAAAUACACAGAAUUAACGAGAUUACAUUUGCAAAUUUAUGAGAAAAAAAACUCACAAAACUGAGGAAAAAAUAAAAAAAAUUCUGAGAUUACAAAGUCACAUUUUUGCAAGAAAAAACUCUUCUGAGUUAAAACUCAUACAUUAGAAGAAAAUUCUGAUGAUUAUUAAGUCACAGAUUUAUAAGAAAAAAACUCAGAAAAAAAUACUUAUACUAUCGGAUUUAGUAACAAGAAAAUCCUGGUGGUUUUAGCCCAGAGUCACAUUUUUUUUUUUUUUUUUUUUUUUUUUU